UCUCUCACUCUCUUUCUACAUAACCGAAGGGGCCAGCGAUUUGAGGACGAGGCGACUUAGAUCUGCGAUCCCGGCUUAGGGCUCUUCCGCGUUCCUUGAUCGAGCAGAGAUCCAUCGCCCCCUCCCUCGGGAUCUCGCCUUCCUCCUUCCGCUUCGCACCAUGGCCUGCAUCAAGAGCGCUGCACGAUCGGCGCUCGUCUCCUUCGCGCCAGAUGCGCCCUACUUCGCCGCCGGCACCAUGGCCGGCGCCGUCGACCUCAGUUUCAGCGCCACCGCUAACCUCGAGAUCUUCACGCUCGACUUCCAGUCCGACGCGCACGAGCUACCCGUCGUCGGCGUCUGCCCCAGCGACGAACGAUUUAAUCGCCUUUCUUGGGGGAAGCCCCUCCCUGCCUCCGAGGAGUACUCUUUAGGCCUCAUCGCUGGCGGUCACACUGACGGCAGCAUCGGCGUUUGGAAUCCCCGUAAGCUGAUCAGUCCCGAGGACCAAAAUGAUGCUUUUGUAGCGAAGCUCGAAAAGCACGUGGGAUCGGUGCGUGGUCUGGAGUUCAGCACGCUGUCACCAAAUCUACUCGCGUCCGGGGCUGAUGAAGGGGAGCUUUGCAUUUGGGAUCUGGCAAACCCUUCAGAACCAAAUCUUUUCCCCUCUCUGAAGCAGAGUGUUGGAUCUGGAGCCCAAACUGAAGUGUCCUUCGUUUCAUGGAACCCUAAAUUUCAACAAAUAUUAUCAUCCACUUCUUAUAAUGGGAUAACAGUUGUGUGGGAUCUAAAGCAGCAGAAACCUGUUACAAGUUUUGCAGACUCAUCUAGAACAAGGUGCUCUGUACUGCAGUGGAAUCCUGACCUUUCCACCCAGUUAAUUGUGGCAUCAGAUGAUGAUAGCUCACCUUCUCUCAAAGUUUGGGAUGUGAGAAAAACUAUAUCACCUGUAAGAGAGUUUGUGGGGCAUACUAAAGGUAUAAUCGCAAUGUCAUGGUGUCCCUAUGAUAGUAAUUUUUUGCUUACCUGUGCCAAGGAUAAUAGAACAAUCUGCUGGGACACAACUUCUGGAGAGAUAGUAUGUGAGUUGCCGGCCAGCACAAACUGGAACUUUGAUGUUCACUGGUAUCCCAAGAUUCCAGGAGUCAUAUCAGCUUCUUCAUUCGAUGUCAAAGUUGGAAUAUACAACAUACAGGCUUGUAGUAGGUAUGCAGCUGCAGGGGGUGAAUUUGGUGCUCCUGUACGGCUGAGAGCUCCAAAGUGGUUGAAGCGUCCAACUGGUGCAUCAUUUGCUUUUGGCGGCAAACUUGUUUCAUUUCGGCCUGGUCAAUUAGCUCCAGGAGGAGCUCCACACUCUGUCUCAGAGGUAUAUGUUCAUGAUCUAGUUACUGAGCAUAGUUUGGUGAGUCGUUCUACUGGAUUUGAAGCUGCAGUACAAAAUGGGGAUAAGUCUUCACUCCGUGCAUUAUGUGAACAAAAAUCACAAGAUUCUCUAUGUGAAGAUGAUAAAGAAACUUGGAAUUUCCUGAAGAUAAUGUUUGAUGAAGAGGGAACAGCUAGGACUAAGUUACUUUGUCAUCUUGGUUUUACUGUUCCAAAUGAGAGCAGUGAUAGUACUGAUAAUCUUGGGAAGCAAUUAGAGAAUAAUCUUAGCCUCGAUAGUUCUCCAUUGUUUCAAGGUCAAGCAAGUGCAUUUGCUAUUGACAAUGGGGAGGAGUUCUUUAACAACCCCUCAAUUUGUGAAGACAACUUAGCUGAUCAGGACAGUAUGGUUCCUAUUGGGGAACAGGUUCGGAGUGACCCUGAAGGACCCAUCGGUACUUCUGAUCCUUCAUUUGAUGAUAGCAUUCAACGUGCUUUGGUUGUUGGUAACUACAAAGACGCAGUUUCAAAGUGCAUUGCUGCAAAUAGAAUGGCUGAUGCAUUGGUAAUUGCUCAUGCUGGCGGUCCAUCAUUAUGGGAAAGUACACGUGAUCAAUACCUUAAGAGUAGUCUGACACCAUAUCUGAAGGUUGUAUCUGCAAUGGUGAAUAAUGAUCUCACGGCCCUAGUCAAUACCAGGCCUCUGAACUUAUGGAAGGAAACACUAGCUCUUCUCUGUACAUUUGCUGAAAAAGACCAAUGGACUGCCCUGUGUGACACUCUAGCUGUAAGACUUUUGACUGUGGGAAAUACCCUUGCUGCCACUUUCUGCUAUAUCUGUGCUGGGAAUGUAGACAAAACCGUGGAGAUUUGGUCUUAUAAUCUGAAGUCUGAUAGUGAUGGAAGGACUUACAUAGAUCUUCUUCAGGAUUUGAUGGAAAAGACUAUUGUUCUCACCCUUGCAACUGGUCAUAAACGGUUUAGUGCUUCCUUGUCUAAGCUUGUUGAGAAUUAUGCUGAAUUACUAGCUAACCAAGGGCUUUUGACAACUGCAUUGGAGUAUUUAAAACUUUUGGAGCCAGAUGAACCUUCACGCGAGCUUACUAUAUUGAGAGAUCGGAUUUCUCUAUCCACAGAAGAGAAGGGGGCACCCGCAAGUCUGAGCUAUGAAAGUUCCAUCCAACAAGCCGAAGCUGUUUAUGGUGCAGACCACACUGGAUAUGUGGACCACUCACAGAACUAUUAUCAGGACAAGGGCCUUACCCAGUCUCUACCCCAACCUCAUCACAAUAUUGCUAGUGUUCAAUAUGCUGAAGGGUAUCACCAGUCUGCUAAUACUGCCUAUGGAGGAUAUCAGCCUGUGCAACCACAGUUCCCUGCUUUUAGCAACCCUGUGACUUUUCAACCACCAAGGCCAACUCAAAUGUUUAUACCACCUCAGACAAAUCAGGUUGUGCAGCAAACUCCACCUGCUGCUGCUCCACAGUCAACAAUAAAACCUUUUGUUCCUGCAGCCCCUGCUGCUCUUAGAAAUGUGGAGCAAUAUCAGCAACCUAGCUUGGGUUCUCAGCUAUAUCCAAGCUUUGCCAAUUCUGUUUAUCAAUCUGGAUCUUCAUUUAAUCCUUCACAUGGUAUUGGUGGACCUCAACCAACAGCUGCCACUGGGAACAGAUUUACCCAACCUGCUGCACCUGCCACAGGACAAAAGGGUUUCAUGCCAGUUCCUAACCCAAAUUUUACCCAUACACCUGGCAUGAGUCCUGCACAACCUUCAAGCCCUACAAAACUAUCACAAUCACAGACAUCUGUUGUUCCUUCAACCCCUCCACCUACAGUGCAAACAGCUGAUACAUCAAAUGUGCCCGCUGAAUUGAAGCCAGUCGUUACCACGUUGACAAGACUAUAUAAUGAAACUUCAGCAGCUCUUGGAGGAGCAAAUGCAAGUGCACCUAAAAAGAGGGAAAUUGAAGAUAACUCUAGGAAAAUUGGGUCAUUAUUUCUAAAACUCAAUAGCGGUGAUAUCUCUCCUAAUGCUGCUGCAAAACUUACUCAGCUUUGCCAGGCAUUAGAUAGCGGUGAUUUUGCUGCUGCAUUGCAUAUUCAGGUGAUUUUGACUACAAGCGACUGGGAUGAGUGCAACUUCUGGCUCGCAGCAUUAAAGCGAAUGAUCAAAACAAGACAGAGUGUCAGAAUAUGAGGGAUCUGAAGAGGCACUGCCUGGGUGCUUAGGUUCUCUCCUUUGAUUUUUCCCCCUCUAGUUUACCAUAAACAUUAUUUGACUUUUUUGUGUGUAAUUAACAGCGGAAAUUCUUAGAUCAAUAACCUAAGCCCAAUGCCGAUUUAUUGAAAGCAGCAUCCAAGGCCUAUUAGUAGAGAACUUGAUAUUUUAAAAGAAGCAGGCUUGUUGAUUGUUCUCAGGUUUCUUCUGUGGUAACAUUUUAUGGGGACCGACAUCAUUGUGAUCUUGCAUUUUGACAUUACAAUUUAGUCUUUGUUAGAUGCAAUUUUAAAUGCCGAUUGUUUUUCUUC